AUGCAAGACGAAUCACAUACAAAGAUUUCUGAUGAUAUAGUUACUAAUCCAUCAUCAGAUCAUAUAGGUCCUUGUCGGCCUUCAUCAGCUAAACGUCCACGUGAUCCAUCUCAUCGUAAAAAUGUUUCAUUUAAUGAUGUUCCUAUUGUACAUGAAGUUCCAUUACAUGAUACAAUGCGUAAUUCGAAUUGUGAUACAUAUCGUUCGUGGACAUAUACUGAUGCAACACCAUCAGUAUCUCUUACUUCACCAUUUUCUUCUUCACAAAUUCUUUCACCAUUCAAUUCAACAAAUGCUGCAACUCAAAAAUUAAAUGCUCAGCGUUUCAGUAGUGCUUUAUAUUCUUCAACAAAUAGUACAACAGUAAAUCGAUUACCGGACUGGAUUACACGAACUAAAACAACUAAACCUACAGAAGAAACAAUAGAACAUUAUACAAAUUCGAAUACACCAUUGAUUAUUGUAAAUACACCUGAUGAACGAAUAGUUAAAAAUUCAACUAUUAAUGAACAAGUUACUUCUGAUUAUGUAGAAGAAAAAAAACAUCCAUAUCGUACAGCAGUUGUACCAGAUGUAGAACAUUAUCGAAGUCUUCCAUUUACAUAUGUACCAUUAUCGGAGUCAGCUUCUGCGUAUACAUCGAUAUUAUCAACAAAUGUUUAUCCAUCAAAUCAUUCUUCUCAUGAUCAAUUUUCUACUGGGCAUACAACACGUAUAAGACGUGCUCGUUCAGCUACCGUACCAAUAACUGUAACUCAUUCCUUAAUGCGUAAUCAUGAUAAUGUUUCGAUUACACCUAUUCGUACAGCAGCAACGACUACUUUAUCAAAUAGUUUAUUAACAUCAUCAUCAUCAUCAUCAUCAACGUCACGGACAACUUUAAAACCAACAACAAUUGCUUUUCAAUGUUCACAACCAACAACAAAUACUUAUCCAACAUUAGUUAUUACAAAUACAUCAACUCCAAAAUCACCACAAGUUUCAGCACGUUUGAAUUCAUCACCUGUUCAUUCUCGUUUAACAUCAUCUACAAAUCGACCAUUAUCAUCAACAAUUAAAUAUGCUUAUUCUCAUCCAACAGCAGAUUCGACAUUAAAAUCAUCUCCUACUGUAUUUCCUCGUUCACGUUCUGCAAAUGUUUCAACAACGAAACGUAAUAUUGUUUCACCUGUUGUUAUGCUCGAGGGACAAUCAGGAGGAACUAAUCAUACAAAUAUAUAUGCAACAACAAAACGCAAUCCUAAUAUAAGACAAACUUAUGGUUCUCAUUAUAUGCACCGUGUUCUUUUACCAGCGAAUAUUAAUUGA